AAAAAGCCCUUUGUUUUCUUUCUUUUUGAAAGCAACGUUAAAAAAGACCUUGCUCUGCAAAACGAUCUUCCUCUUCUGCAAAAUCUUCAUUUCUUCUCCCCAUUUCAUAUUCUUUCUUCUUUGCUCUGAUUAUCUCAUUGCACAUGGCUUUUCAAUCACUGGUCUUCAUGUAAUCAUUUUACCCAUCUUCUUUUUUUCAACCCAAUUCCCUUUCUUUGAAAAACCACCAUUCUCUGCAACUAUAUCCCUUUGCCACUAUUAGAAGUUCAACCACAAGAGGAAACACAUAGAGUGGGUUUUUUUUGUUAUUACUCUUCUGGGGUUUUGUUUUAAUGGGAGGUGAGCAAAAAUGGGGGGCUAUAGCGCCGGCGUUGCCGGCGGUAUCACCGUUAAACCCAGAAAGAGAGGAGUAUUGGAGCCGUUUUGACGAUUCGGUAAAUGCGGUGUCGUUUGGGUUUGUAGCUACUGCGAUUCUCAUCUCUAUGUUCCUUGUUAUGGCAAUUUUUGAGAGGUUUUUAAGACCCAGGUCGCCGGCGGCCAUCGGACGGCCGCCUUCUGAUCUUGAAGCACAGAUGGUGUUUGAUGGAAAGCCUCGUUACCCAUCUCCUAAGAUGACCGUUUAUGCUCGAGGAGUGUCGGUAUUGAUGCCAGGUGAAGAAAUUCCUACCUACAUUGCUCACCCAGCUCCGGCACCUUGUCCUCCAGAACCCAUUUUGAAGCCUCUACAUCAACAUAGCUUGAGCAUGUGUCCAUCAUCAAGCUCCAACAUCAGUUGACCUGAAAAAUAACAUCACUAUAGAACAAAGGGUCACCCCACACUUGGAAUCAAUUUCAGCUUAUUCUGACUUGCAACUUGACAUUCUAAAGUUGAAAACAUGGUGAAUGAAAGUCACAUCAACUUCAGUCUCUAACUUCAGUAUGUAUAGAGGCCCCUGUAGGUUAUAUUUGAUGAUGUGGAUUUGGGUCUUCUCUUGCCCCCACCUAAUGAAAAGAGAGGAUGAAAAUGAAUGAUUGUUGCAAGCUGGGUCAGCUACUGUAAUCCAUGAUUAGUUCCGUGAUUGUUAUGUUCAUAAUGAAUCCCAUUCCUCUUUCA